AAAGUGACAAAUGCGAAAACGAGGAUAUCAAUAGAUAGAGAAUCGAACGCUUGGAAAUACCACCAACGAUCUCGCCAGGUCCCUUCAUCGAUCGUUGUUUAUUAGGAAUUUAUCCGACGAGAAAUGUUUAUAUCCUCGCUAAGACAGCAGAUGAAAGCUAUCAAAGUCAUCAUCCAUGUUUUUUUUCGAGCGUCAAAAAACGAACGCGAAUUUUUCAUUCAAUUUUAUUCUUCGUUCUAUCGGCAACUUUACCGUUUUAUGAUGGAGAACGCGUCGCUCGGAGAAAGCGACGUGAAUCUAACCGACGAAAUUAUCACCGAGCAUCUCACAGAAGCCGAAAUCGCUUACGAGAUAUGCCAGCUGGUGGGGGCCCGGUCCUGUCGCAGGGCCGUCAAAACGGCCCUCAAAAUGGACAAUCUCAUCAACAUCGAGAAGAAAACCUACGCGGAUCUGCUAUCGCUGCCCAAAAAACAUUAUUUGGAAUGCACGCUCGUGCCCAUAUUGAUUAACGGCAUCACCCACGUGGCGCAGGAGAGACCACCGUGCCCCAUCAAAACGUUGGCGGUGUUCCUGCUGAAGAACAAGAAUUUCUACGAAACCGACGCCGAAAUCGAGGCGGAGAGCAAACCGAGCGCCAACGUCGCCAAAUCAAGAUCUGGUGGGAUGCAAGCUGGGCAUGUCUAGGCAACCGCGGCCGCACCAGCAGCACCACUACCAUCAUCAUCAGCAGCAGCAGCAGCAGCAGCAGCGUAACCAGCAGGAGGUGGGGUACUAUUCGUCGUCGCGCGACAGCAUCGCCUACAUUCGGGCGGCGAACGUGAGCUCGGCGGCCAGCGAGCUGGAUUUGUCGCGCAAGGCUCGUCGAAAGGACCUGCGCAACCGGCUGAAGUUGCCGUCGAGCGUCGCCCUGGCCAGUUCGGGCGAGGGGCCGCUGUUGGGCGCCUGGCGGACGGCGCCCGGUUCAACGGCCGGUACCAAUCCGCCGUCGUCGAACCACCUCAACAGCAACAGCAGUUGCAACGGAACUGAAAGUCAUACAAACUUCUCCAGACAUUUCACCUAUGUACUUAAUGUUACUAAUGACAUUGACAAUUUUUUCAAAAUAGUUUUACGACUUUCAUUUAAAUUACACGAAAAUUCCAAACUACCGAUGGCGCUGGCGUUAAUUUUGAGGAAAACAAUCAGACCGUUGGCUCUCAGCCAGUCGUGCAGACCCGCCGCCGGUUUUCAGUCCAAAAAAUGGUUAACCCCGAUUUGUCGAGCGAAUAACCAGGCAAUGUUGCUCCCCAAGGCGAGCAUCGACGCUAUUUGGAGGAGAAAAAUGAGCGAGGACCACUCUAAAAUGUGGGGCGUCGAGAAAGUUGUAACUUUGAGUUUGCUCGGUUUGAUACCGGGCAUGAUCCUCCAACCGGGGCAUAAAAUUCUCGACGACAUCGUCUGUUUAUUGGUACUCGCCCACAUGUUUUGGGGAUCCGAAGCGAUUCUGGCCGAUUACGCGCGACCGAUAAUUCUGGGAAAAAUCCUGCCGAAAAUAGCCACCCUGCUGUUGUACCUCGUCACCAUCGCCGUGGCCGGUGGUUUGUUGAACAUGAACCACAAUUACGUGCCGGGAAUUCUCAGAUUUCCCCGCAUCGUUAAUCACUUCGCCAGCGACGACAACAAAACCGAAAUUAAUUUGAAACAACUCCGUCGCUACGGAUUUCGCAGGGUGGAUUCGUACAGCUCGCGAUUGAGAGCAGGUCCGCAGAAUUGGUCGUUCGUCUUCGAUCCGGCUGGAAGGCUGUGCUACUACUGGUCGAUGGUUGUGUCAUUAGCAUUCCUAUACAAUUUUUGGGUCAUUAUUUACCGAUUUGCCUUUAGAGAAAUAGACGGCAACACGAUACUGGUGUGGUUCUGUCUGGACUACUUCGCCGACUUCCUCUACCUGGUGGACAUUCUGUUCCACUUUCGCACCGGCUACCUCGAAGACGGCGUCCUGCAGACCGACUCCACCAAGCUGCGCCAGCACUACAUGAACUCGACCACGUUCUACAUUGAUUGCCUGUGCCUCCUGCCGCUCGAUUUUCUGUACCUCUCCGUGGGAUUCAACUCCAUACUGCGCUCCUUUCGAUUGGUGAAGAUCUACAGAUUCUGGGCGUUCAUGGACAGGACGGAGCGGCACACGAACUACCCGAACCUGUUCAGAUCGAGCAGCCUGAUCCACUACCUGCUGGUGAUAUUCCAUUGGAACGGGUGUCUGUUCCACAUAAUCUUAAAAAACGACGGGUUUGGUUCUAAAAACUGGGUGUAUAGUGAUUCGGAAAGUACAGACUAUGUGAAAGCUUAUUUGCAGAGUUACUAUUGGUGCACGCUCGCCCUGACCACCAUCGGCGAUUUGCCGAGGCCGAGGAAUAAGGGGGAGUAUCUGUUCGUUAUAUUUCAGCUGCUGUUCGGGUUGUUGUUGUUCGCUACGGUCCUGGGCCAUGUGGCUAAUAUCGUUACAUCAGUAUCGGCGGCUAGAAAGGAAUUUCAGGCGAAACUGGACGGCGUGAAGACCUACAUGCGCAUGCGCCGGGUGCCCAACCACCUCCAGGUGAAAGUGAUCAAAUGGUUCGACUACCUGUGGUUGACCCAGAAGUGCUCCGACGAGGAAAGGGCCGUUUCCUGUCUACCCGACAAGCUCAAGGCCGAAAUCGCCAUCAACGUCCACUUGGACACGCUGAAGCGCGUCGAGAUAUUCCAGAACACCGAGGCCGGAUUCCUCUGCGAAUUGGUGCUCAGGCUGAGGCCGGUCCUGUUCUCGCCCGGCGAUUACAUCUGCAGGAAAGGCGAGGUGGGCAAGGAGAUGUACAUAGUGAACAGAGGGAGGUUGCAGGUGGUGGCCGAUAACGGCAGGACCGUACUGGCCACUUUGAAGGCGGGCAGCUAUUUCGGGGAGAUUUCGAUUUUGAAUAUGGGCACGGCAGGUAACAGAAGGACAGCGAGUGUGCGAUCUGUCGGAUACAGCGACCUCUUCGUCCUGAGCAAAAAGGACAUGUGGGACGUCCUGAAGGAGUACCCCGCCGCUAGAGUUCGCCUGGAAGCCAUAGCGGUGAAGCGAUUGGAGAAAUACAAACGAGCCCCGUUGGAAAAAGCCGCGAUGGGUCGCAGCCAAUCGACCCCAGGCCUGGUCGAGUCCCGAGGCAAAGUAGCCUUAGAAGACAUGUGGCUGCCUCCGUCCCUGCCCAGCUUCACCCCGGCCUACCAGCGAUCCCUCAUCAGCUCCCCCGCUAGAAUCCAGACCCCCGACUCACCCGGGGGCGUCUCCACCAGCAGCGGCCGCAGCCACCACGUCCUGGGCUCCCACCAUCGAUCCGGGGCGCUGCAAUGCGACAGCAUGACCCACUUGGUGUCCGCUUCGGGGGCCACCAGCCCGGGCCUGGGCUCCCACGACGCCCUGGAGACGGAGAUAAAGCGGCUGCGGGAGCGGCUGCAGACCGUGGAGUCCGAGAACGCGGCGAUGAGCGUCAAAUUGAGCCAGCAACAGUGGGAGAUCGAGAACCGAUUGGCGGAAAUCGAGAUGCAAAUAUGCGGAUCGAGGUAG